AGGAACUGUGGUUCACACUGAUGCUUUCUGCUCCUUGGAGAGACUUCAACUGCCCUUUACUGCAUCCUCUCUCCGACCAUCCAUCCAUCCAUCCAUCCAUCCAUCCAUCCAUCCAUCCAUCCAUCAGCCGUCCGCAGCUGGAGCCACAACAUGAGCAUGAAGAAACUGAAAUUCAAGUGGUUCGGCAGCCUCACCAACCUCUCCUUCCGUCGCUCCACCGACAAAUCGGACUCCAAGACCUCUCCGUCGAAGUCUGGGAGCGAUUCGCCUGGGGACGGCGGUGACCUCUCAAAGAUCCUGGCCCCGCUUGUUGAGACGACCGUGGACGACUUGGGCGCCAUGCGUCCUCGCACUGCCAGCUACGUGCGCUCCAGUGAGAGCUACACGCACAUGGGCACGUUGCCGAGGCUGCUGUGGAGGAAGAAGGGCAACAAAGAAGGCCCCAGCAGCAGUAAGAAGGGCGGCCUCAGCAGAAGUCAAACCCAGCGACCUUUAGGGUUCAAAGACCGUGACCCCCCGAGGACCAGGGCCUCCCCCUGCAAAGAGACCGGGGAUGAGGCUGAGGGUAAAGUCACAGGGACCCUGAGUCAGGAUUCUGUCUCUGACCUCAACACGCAGGUUGAACCUUCAGCUGAACCCAGAACAACCCAAAACACCAUCACUGCACCUACAGCUGCCUGCAACGAUGUGGCGCCAUCUGGUGGCUCAAUGGAUGCACUCCAAUCAGAGAGGACACGCGACAAGGAAGUAGUCACCCAGGAAGGUGCAGACAUGGACCCUGAGGAGACCCCACCACUUCCUCUCCGCCGGGGGGAGGAGCAGGCUCAUGAGGGUGAAGGGUCAGAGUCUGGGACCUUAUCUGAGGUCACAGGGAGCAGAGAAGAUGAAGGAGACACCAGCCGCACUCACAGCCACAUGGAGCCAAAUGACGGCCAGGCUGAAUAUGUCCAGUUCUCCAAGGAGAAGUACCUGCUGGAGUCACCUCCGGAGAAACUUCGCAAGGAGCUGGAGGAUGAGCUGAAACUGAGCCCUGCUGACAUCAGGAGCCAUGGCUGGUACCAUGGGCACAUACCCAGAGAGGUGUCAGAGACUCUGGUUGUGCGUAACGGAGACUUCCUGGUGCGGGACUCUCUGACCAGUGUGGGGGACUAUGUUCUGACCUGUCGAUGGAGCAAUGAGGUGAUGCACUUCAAGAUCAGCAAAGUCCUGGUCAAAUCUAAUGAGACAAAGGUGCAGUACAUGCUGGAGACGGACAGCUUCGACUCGGUCCAGGAGCUUGUGCGUUUCUACAUAGGCCAGCGCCAACCGGUCUCCCAGGCCAGCGGUGUCCACAUCUACUGCCCCGUGAGCAGGACUCUCCCCCUCCGCUACCUGGAGGCCACCUUCUCACUGUCCCACAGCAAGCAGGGCUCGGCCUACUCGCCGUCCAGCCAGAGGGGGGCGUACAUCAAGAGGCGCAGCGUCACCAUGAACGAUGGGCUGACCACGGAGAAGAUGAUGCCCCACAGCCCGUCGACAAUCCACCACCACAAAGACGCAAUGCGGAACUGUGCGAUGAGCAUGGACCAGAUUCAGGAGUACCGCUGCCCCCUGUCACCCGUCGGGGAGACCCCACUCUCUCCUGCGUAUAGUGCUAUCACCAGGCAGAGAGCCCUCUCAGGCGGGCGCGUCCUGGCCGUCAUCCCCCCCUCCCCAGUGAUGCGUCACUGCAGCGACCCUCAGCUCAGCCCCAUGGCCGGUACCAACCCUCCGGAGCAUCCCGCUCACACCUCACACUCGGCGCACUCCUCACCCGCCCACCAUCCCAGCUACCGAUCCCAUUCCUCCGAGACGGCGGGGAGCUACUGUGACCUCAGACCUUGCCCUGGACCCCCCAAGCCCCCGGCUAAGGGCUACGUGGAGCGGUUGCGGGUCGAGGAAGGGAGGGAGGUGGCAGCGAAGGAAGAAGGAGAUGGGAUGUUCUGCACCCCACAGGUGGAGAGGACAUCCUCAUUCAGGCCCUCCAGGUAUGAGUCGUCCCUCAUGCCCGCGGAGAACAAGCCUCUGGAGAUGUCGGUGCUGAAGAGAGUCAAAGAGCUGCUGGCGGAGGUGGACGCCAGGACGGCGGCCAAACACAUCACCAUGGUGGACUGCACGGUGGCUAGAAUAUUGGGCGUGACCUCAGAGACGCAAAGGAUGAUGGGAGUGUCGUCAGGGCUGGAGUUACUGACGCUUCCACACGGACACCAGCUGAGACUUGACCUACUGGAGAGGUUCUACACCAUGUCCAUCAUGAUGGCAGUGGACCUGCUCGGCUGUACUGGAAGCACGGAGGAGAGAGCGGCCCUGCUCCAUAAAACCAUCCAAUUAGCAGCCGAGCUGAAAAGCAACAUGGGGAACAUGUUUGGCUUCGCUGCUGUGAUGAGAGCCCUGGAGCUGCCACAGAUUUCCCGCCUGGAGCAGACGUGGGUGACGUUACGGCAGAGACAUACAGAGGGCGCUAUUCUGUAUGAGAAGAAACUCAAACCUUUCAUGAAGAAUAUGAACGACGGCAAAGAGUCCGGUGCUCUGUCCAACACGUCCUUCCCACACAUCAUUCCCGUCCUGUCUCUGCUGGAGCGCGGCCUAACUCUCGGGGAGGCGCUGGAGCCGUGGGAGAGUGCCGAGGUCGGAGUGGACGUGGUCAUGUACCACCUGGAGGCAGCUCGCACCAUCGCACAUCACGGGGGAAUCUACAGGAACAACACUGAGGGCAAACUGCAGGGCCUCCAGGAGCAAUCAGAAAUACACGAGAUCUUCCAGACGGAGUUCCAGAUGCGCCUCCUGUGGGGCAGCCGCGGCUCCGAGGGCAGCCAAUCAGAGCGCUACGAGAAGUUCGACAAGGUUCUCACCGCCCUGUCGCACAAGCUGGAGCCUGCCGUGCGCCACAGCGAGCUAUAACACUCACCUCAGUGCCCGUCAUCGGAAACAAAAUUACCCCCCCCCCCCCAUCUGCACUCCCUACUCAUAGUCGUACGGCCUUGUUUUGCAUUGCAGAGGAUGAUGUGGAAGAGUCCAGUAUGAACGCUGGGAGGGGUCAGAGUGAACGAAGAGGCAGCUACGUGUGCGUUGAGCACUAGGAACACAGGAAAGAGGGUUAUGCACUUGUUAUGUGUUGCACUGACUGUGGACUCCAAACACUCCCUGUGGAUUUUCCUCACUUCAAAAAAUGUAAAAGGCAACAAAGAGGAGACGAGAGGAGAAGAAUACGGGGGGAGACGGGUGACUCGCUCUUGUGCUUGGUACAAACCGUCACAUGUACGGUGUCCCCCGAGGGACAAGCAGGACUCCAAUAAAACACAGACACUCUCUUGUUUCAAACUGCUGCUGUCGCACACUGUAGCCGAAAAGACAGCAGUAACUUAACAUGGCUCAUACAUCAGAUGGAUGCUUUGUCUGCGUGAAUGAGUGUGUGUGUGUGUGUGUGUCAGUCUGUGCACAUGUAUGUAUGUUAACACUGUGUUUCUGUGCGUCAUUAAUCUUCAAUGUGUCUUUUUUGUCUUAUUUAUUUGAUAUGAUCAAACCAUAUCUGCAUAUUUUAGACUUUGCUUCACCAAACUCACGAGAAUCUGGCGUUGCUCGUUCUGAGGGAACCGUGUUCAUGAAACUCCAUUAACUAUGUAUCAAGCAGUCCCAUUAAACCUCAUUAAAAAUGUAUCAGGCCUGCAUUAAUAAAUGCAUCAGAAAUGAAACAUUUGCAAUAGUAACGCUGCAACUUUAGCGGGUUUUAGCGAGUCGCUAAAAAACAAUAAGGGCAAAGCAAACCUCAUGUAGCUUUUUGACAAAUACAUUUGAUCGUCUUGGCACAAAGUGAAGCUGAACACAAGCAUUUCAAGAGUUAAAGGAAGGUUUCGCUUAGAAUAGAACCCUGUGUGACACUAGUGUCUUUAAUGUGGAGCUGCAAUUUGUAGAAAUCACAAAAAUGGUUAAAUGUUGCAUCAAGUAAAAUGUUGCUUUAACCCACAGCCUGUAUACACAGAUGGACAAUGCAGCUCCUCUUCCUUCCACCAUGCAGACAUGAAGCCAUAAUUUCCCUGAUGUGAACGCUGGCAUCUUGUGCAACUAAUUAAAAACAAACUUACAUCGGUUUGAUAAGAACCAACUAAAUGUGAAACAAAAAUGUGUACUCUGAUUUUUUUUGUUUGGUCCAAGUCCCAUCCACCAACAUGGAGGGUUUGGGAUUUUUCACCUAUACUCCUGACAAACACCAGGUGGCGAUCGAGACAUUUUGGCUUCACUUUUGGGGAGCAGCCAUGUCGUCCAUCUUUAUAUAAAGUCUAUGCUUUAAACUGUUCAUUCGAUAUAAAGAUGUGUAAAAAUUUAGAAUUAUACAGAUGAUUGCCGAAGAUAUUUCCCGUCUCUGGAUAAUUUUUUAUGAUCUGACAUCUUUGGUCUUAUUUCUGUUUGGAAAUAUUCCAAACUAAGGAAAUUGAUUCCACAUCCCUGCUACAGAGAGAUCCAGUUUCUGUUUUAAAUUUGUGUUUCUGCAAUAGAGCCUAAAAGAUCUGAUUUGUGUGUUCACAUUUGGUUUGAAUUUCCGUUGACUAUUCCCUGUUAAAUCAUUGCUGUCCUUACAGCAUGUGGCCCUGAGGUGGCUGGAGCCAACUGGCAGGCCUAUGCAACUAUUUAUUUUCAACAUGCAUUCAACUUUUCUUAUCCGAACUGAUAAUCUAUAUAUGAAUGAAACUCACAUCAGGUAUCAAUAACUAAUUCCCCAAAAAUAUACAUAUACAACUCUACCCUAGAGUUCAUGGAUGUGUGAAUGUGCCACUCUGGUCUGAACCAUAUUUGAGGUGAGCUCACGUGUCAGUUCCAACUGUUGUCCAGCAGGGGGUAAUGUUUAUUCAGCAUAAAACACUGAAUCACUAUGUGUAACACAAUUUAACAGGAACACACACACACAAGUGAAAGCAUAAAUUGUGUGUGAUUUGAGACCAAGGUGAUGCCUGCUGGUUUAGGUUUGAUACGUGUAAACUGGUGAUCAAGAUGAAGAUGAUGAUGUGAUGUGUUUAAUUGUCGUCGUGCUGAAUGCUGUACAGGGAUGCUCGGUACUUGGAUCCUCCUGUUGUGUCUGACGGGGCCUUGAAAAGCAAAAAAGACAAGAAACGAUUUAGGACUGAUCUCAUGUUUUUUUACGUACUGUACAUAAUGACUCGUUUUUUUUCAAAUAAAAGAAUUGCUUGUC